UGCUGACGAUGUCAAGAUAUGGAGAGACAAAAUGACCUGGAGAAAUUAUCUGAAUGGUCUAAAAUUUGUCAGUGGUCGAUACACACAUGAUGGAUAACAGUGAGCUAUUUGUUGUCUAGACAUAUUGACUUAGAAGUCAUCGUUAGCGAAAACUUAAUAACUACCACACACUGCCGUGCGAUAGCCGUCAAAGCUUAUGGAAUCUUAUGGUCAGUACGUGGGACCUUCAGCCAUGUCAAUACUAAAACCCUUUUGACUUCGUAUACAGUAUUCGUUCGUAAUAAACUCGAGUACUGCAUACAAGCAGCUAGCCCCCGCCUAAAAGCAGACAGUGAGCUCCUGGAAGAGGCUCAAGGAACUGCGACUAAGCUGGCUCUCGGAAUAGCAAAGCUCUGUGUGAUACUCGACUGGUUAAAAUGAACCUACUUACAUCGUCAUAUAAAAGAACCAAAGGCGACUUGAUCACAGCUUUCAAAUUACUGAAUGGUAAAUUUGCAUCUGAUAUGCCCUCAUUUUUGUUGUCUUUCAAAACAGAGAAUUUACGAGGACAUUAAAAAAUUUCACAAGCCCAGAACAAAUUACUUGUCAGUUGACUGUCGACUUUCCCAUGGAAUCAUCAAUGAGUGGAAUUCAUUAUCUCAACACGUGGUCGACGCUUUCAAAAUAAAGUUUGAUCAACUGAGAGAUCACCAUCGCCAGGACUAACAAAGGCCACUUAGCAUCCUAUCCCUUCCGAACUAAAAGACUCCAACCCUUAACCUAAUUACCUGAGCCUAACUAAGAAAAAUAUGAGGAGUCGUGAAAGUCCGUUUAGACUCUUAAAAGGGUUCGAGAAGAUAGACAGCAUCCACUGGGACGAGUUAAUCGUUAUGGGUGGAGUAACCGUAAGAAAAAAUCAAUAGACUUAUUAAUUAGAUAACAUCGGUUGACACUUUGCAAUAUUGCUGUUGAAUUUUCCAUAAGUCAUCCACAUAUAAAAUCUUUUCCGAUUAGUGAGAAACUAGUUGACUACUCGUUGCGGUUGUUUUAAGUUCAUUCGGAAAGUAUAUUUUUGCCAGUUAGGCUUACUGUACAGUUACACAGAUAAUAACUCCAUAUAAACAUGACUAAAAGCUCACUUCAAAGAACGUAUUAGUUGUUUGCUGCUUCUCUUUACUUAUGUGCUCACCGUUUAUUACUACAAAAAAGUACAUGAAGACAAUUAUUUGUAUUUUCCAGGUUAGCCGUAAAUUUAAGUAAAACUUUAAUCCAAAGUGUUCGUAGUACCUUGAAUCGAUAGCAUUUUUGUCAGUUUUCCAUUGCUAGGAUUUCUUCUUCCGAAUACCAUUCACCAUUCUUUUGUUUUGUUGACUUUUGAAUAUUAAAGCUAAUCCGGUUAAAAUGAUCCCUUACUUAAGAAUGGAAUUUCUGAAUUGCUGACACUACUAGAAUUAAAAAGCAAACUACAAUAAAUUAAGAGUAAAGGUGGGAAUUUUGGCUGCGUUUGUAUCGAGAAAACCAAUCGUCAUCGAGUGCUAAAUCAAAAAUAUUAACUGAAACUUAGCUAAUGAUGUUCUCGUUUUCACGCUUUUUGUAGCUUAUGUCAUAAUCCUCAGUGAUGUAUCUACCUUGGUUAGUUACGCUUAAUCCAAUCUACCAAUUUGACUGUCAGAAGUUUAUGAUUUGCUUCCGAAUUUCACAUAUUUACACUGAGCCACAAACCAUCUGUUUUAAUGGCUUAAAUGAGUUGGUCCAGCUAUAAACAGUAUUUCAUCACUCAUUUUUCCAUUUCGGCUACUUAAUCUGACGAUCCCUUUGUAAGUUUUUGAAUUUAGGCUUCGCUGUGUUGUAAGGAGCUCGAAAAUAACCAGUAAAAGCAUAUAGAACAGUCUUCAGUCAUAUUUUUUUAGAACAGUUUUAAAAUAGUAUCAAUAUUCAUAUACGAUCUUCUGUGGAUUGAUGACAAAUCUAAAAUCCACUUCGUUUUUAUAUUUAAUCACAACACGGACCAACAACCAUUUUAAAAUCAAUAUGGUUUGCUAAAUACUGAAACUUGGAAUCAGUCCAGUACGUACUGAAGUACUAUUAACAUCUUCAAGAAUGAUUUCUAAGCAUCAGAAGCGUUGUAUAUAUUAUAUGUACCUUAGAAACUAGUUAAGAUCUAAUUGUCACAAGACUUCAAAAGAAAGUGGAUAGGUUGUUUAUUUUAUGGCCAUUUAGAUUAUAAGUUUUAAACAAAGAAUUUCGUGUGAUUAUAUUUUAUAAGUGUAUCUUGACAAACUUAAGCUCUAAGCAUAUUAGUUCGUCGAUUCAAAUUUUCACUUGUAGAAAUUAAAGUAGGUUAAUACUAGCCUAAAGAAUAAAAUCAGUGGAUUUUCUAAAGUAUAAAGAGAUGAAUUAAUAUCCACCAAUCAAUAGGAUAAUCCAUUAAUAAACAGAAAGCUACUCAUAUGUGUCGUUGAAAUUUACUUUGGGUGAGAUUACUCAGUCUAAAACCAGAUUCUUUCGUGAAAUGCGUUCAAUAAGUUAACAGUUCCUUCCAGCUAUUUAGCAGUUAUUAACUUUUUAAAUUAAUAAUUCAUCCUAGUCCGAGCUUUCCCGAUAACCUAAUCUCAGUUCAUAUAAGUUCUCAAUCUCAUCAGUCUAUUCCUUUGAGGCUCAUCACCUUGUCAGACCCCCCCCUCUAUGUUUUUAUAGCCUAAUGCUUUUACCAAAGAUCAUCGAUUCUUAUUCAACUUCAAGAAUUCUACAUACUGUUCCUAUAUAUACUUAGCCUUUUCAGGUGAAUUGAGUUAUCACUCAGAGGACUUGAAUUUCAAUCAUAGAAUUCCGAGUUCAGAUCCCACUCUAUACACUCAGUUUGAUUUACAAUAUAGUUCCACUUUUCCUCAAAAAUAAUGAAGGUAUUCAGUUUUUCCAUUAAUGAAAGUAAUGUAAGCUGAUACCGGUUACUUAGUGUUGUGUAUUCAUGCUGAAAUUUAUUUGGUGAUCGAGACUGAUGUAAUUUACUAGAGAUGCGAAGCGCUCAAUAUGCUCAACUAUCUUAACAACCUGAAAUCAAACUUCACAUUUCUAAAGUUUUUUGUACUUGCUAGGUAAAAAAACUCAUGAUAAAAGUUUUAAGGAUUUCUCUCUUUCUUCCGACAGUUGAAUGGCUAUGUAACUUAGUAACUACUUACAUUUUCAUGUACUAGACUAUAAUCCAUACAUUGUGAGAGUCAACUAUACAUCCUGGUUACUCAACUCUAUCAAGUGACUUUUGAGGAUAUGGGAUCUUCAAACAACUUGGGAGGAAAAAAGUCUAGACCAAUUUAAAAUGAGUUUUAUUCGCACCAAUUUAUUAACUGUGAAUUCUGUUCAUAGACUCAUUACGAUUUGUGUUCAUUCAAAAUUACUCAGUUCCUAAAUCAUAAUCAUUGUAAUGGACAUAUUAUCGGCAAUUUUAAAUGCAUUUUUGGACUUCUACCGUCUUAAUCAACAAAGCUUACAAAUGAAUUUCUUAAUCUAGUUAGCGGAACAGUGAAGAAGAGAUUAGCAAAAGCCUCAUUCACUAUAGUGAGGUUGAAGCUAAUAAUAGCAUCUUCACUUUUACCGAAAUUCCAACAGAUAUUUUUACAUUGUAAAUGAGCUGUGUUUUAAUUGUGUAAUUUGUUGAACUUUUUCUAUUUGUUUCAGAUAGACUACAUGAUAAGUACAGUCGAUAUAUUCAUUUCUUGAUAACUAAAGAAGGUCGCUACUCAUAAUCAGUUCAUUUCUUUCUCAAUGAGACUAAGUAAAUAUCAACUUUUAUCUUACAGAACUUUAAAACAAGUUAAUUCAGUCAUUAAGUUUCCUUUUCAUCUAUUAAAAAGACAAUUUUCAAGUCAAAUCCAAAUUUGUAUCAUUGGUAGUGGCCCAUCAGCAUUUUAUACUGCUCAGACUUUACUAAAAAACCAUCCAGGUGUGAAUAUCGAUAUGUUUGAAAAACUUCCUUCGCCUUUUGGUCUAGUCCGUUAUGGUGUUGCUCCAGAUCAUCCUGAAGUAAAAAAUGUGAUAAAUACUUUUACAGAGGUUGCUAAGAAUACACGAUUUUCUUUCUUGGGUAAUGUUUGCAUUGGAAGAGAUAUUAAACUGGGAGAAUUACAAGAAGCUUAUUCAAUCAUUAUUUGGGUUCGCUUUUAUUUUCAUAGUAUAAUAAAUUUUCUAUUUUAUAAGGCUUAUGGCACUGCUGUUGAUCGGCGUUUGGAUAUUCCUGGAGAGGAUUUACCAGGUGUUUUGUCUGCUAAAGAUUUAGUAGGAUGGUAUAACGGUGCACCCAGCAACGUCAAUUUUUCUCCUGAUCUCAGCUGUGAAACGGUUGCUAUUAUUGGUAUGGGAAAUGUAGCAGUAGAUGUUGCGCGGAUUCUUCUUUCUCCAGUUGAUCGAUUAAUGUCUACCGAUAUACCAGAGCCUGUGAUUGAUUGUCUGUCAAGAAGUAAAGUUAAGAAUGUCAUUUUAAUCGGUCGAAGAGGUCCUUUACAUGUGGCGUUUACUCUAAAAGAAAUUCGCGAACUCUCAAAACUUCAUAUAACUUCAUCUCAGUCUAAAUGUUUCAUAAACUUACUACCAAAGGAUGUAUUCUCUAUAACUAUGGGGACAUCUAAUCAAAUUCAAGAGUUGCUGUCAGAACUUCCUCGCCCUCGACGUCGUUUAACAGAAUUUCUGUUAAAAAUGCAUAGUUCUUCCGAUCACAUGACGAAUCAUACAGCAUACCCUGUGUAUCAUUGUAACUUACAGUUCUUACGUUUUCCAAAAGAAAUUGUUUCUUAUGGGGAACAUCAUUCUGACAAAAAUCGUUCCAUAGUUUCUCACAUAAAAUUAGCAACAGUUAAGUUAAAAGGUCCGACCAGUCCUCAUCAGCAAGGUGUAAUAGACGAUACUCAACCCUUAGAAACUUUACCUUGUGGUUUAGUUGUGCGUAGUAUUGGCUACCAUGGUGUCCGUAUUGAUCCAGAUUUGCCAUUCGAUGAACAACGUGGAGUGAUUCUUUGCAAAGAUAACAAAGGACGCGUAGUUGAUCUACCACAAAUUUCAUAUAGUUUCUCUUUAAGCCCAAUGUAUUGUACUGGUUGGAUUAAACGUGGUCCAGUUGGUGUAAUUGCCGAUACAGCUGUAGAUGCUCGUCAAACCGCUGAAACUAUUCUUAAGGAUUUGUCUGAAUUUGAAAAACGCGGUCAUGUAGAUGUGUUAAACAAACGUGGACUCUCUGUAGUUCAACGCUAUCUUAACGAAAGAAAUAUACAUGUCGUAAAAUUUAAAAAUUGGGAACGUAUUGAUGAAGCGGAAAAGUUAGCCGGUCAAAUGCUCGAUAAACCAAGAGAAAAAUUGACUACAAUUCAAUCUAUGUUAAAAACAGCUUUUACUGAUGUAGAACAACCUAAAUCAUCUCGCUGAUAGUUUCUAGUUGUAAUCUUUUAUUAUUUACUGUAUAAAUACCCUAAAUAGUAGGAUAUCUUUAAUGGUUUGUAUUCUCACUUCAAUUCUAAAUUUGUUUAAUGCCAGUUAAAUUUCAUUAUUGCGAAAUUAUAUAAAAGAAAUCAAUUCUUAUUCUGACUUGUAUUUUACUGCAUAUGGUUUCUUCAUGAUAUUGCAUGCAGCCGAAAAUUUUUAAAGUAUUUUCAUAUGUUCAAAUUCUGUGGUAUGGGUAUAUCGUCAGUGAUAAAAUAACUAUAAUAUUUCGGCAUGGAUUACUCAAAAAUAUAAAUUGUACCCAAACAGAAUUAGAUUAUUUUUAACGUGUUCGAUUCAACAUUAAACCUUCACCAACUUGAAUAACUAAAGCCUACGCUACCCGUAUAUAACCACUUCCUACCUCAAUAUGCCAUGUAACUCAUGUGCCAAGUACAUGUUUUUAUGAAGGGUUUAACCACGCUUUGUAUGAAAACUGACAAUACUACGCUGCUUCCCAGACUGAAAUAAAUGGCACAAGAUUCAAACUUGUAACCCAUUAAUUGUAUGCCAACUUGUCCAGUCACAAUACCAC